CGUCACAGCAUACGUAUCUCUGUAAACAUGGCGGAAAUUCAGAUUCGUCAACGUGGGGAGGAAGAAAGGCGCUGUGUUCAGAAUGAAGCAAUGUGAGUUAAGGAAUGAAGCGGUAGGGAUGGCGGACCAAACGUUAACGGUACUCUUCAAACUUUCAGCCGCGUUUUUUUAUGGAAUCAGCUCUUUCCUUAUAGUUGUACUAAACAAGAGCGUCCUGACUAAUUACAGGUUCCCCUCUUCAAUAUGUGUUGGCAUUGGGCAGAUGUUGGCAACAGUUGUUGUGUUACGGGUGGGAAAGGCCCUCCGGGUGAUCACCUUCCCUGAGUUUGAUGGUAGCAUACCAAAAAAGACGUUUCCGCUACCUCUUCUAUAUGUAGGAAAUCAAAUAACGGGACUCUUUGGAACAAAAAGACUUAAUCUGCCAAUGUUUACAGUAUUGAGGAGGUUUUCUAUUCUCUUUACAAUGCUGGCGGAGGGUUUCUUGUUAAAGAAGAAAUUCUCUCGGCCAAUUCAGCUGACAGUAUUUACUAUGAUUCUAGGGGCCUUUGUAGCUGCAAGUGCUGACUUGGCUUUUGACCUGCAAGGGUACGUGUUCAUUUUAAUGAACGAUGUCUUAACUGCUGCCAAUGGAGCUUUUGUGAAACAGAAACUUGACUCUAAGGAGCUGGGGAAGUAUGGCCUGCUCUAUUACAAUGCUUUAUUUAUGAUACUUCCAACCCUGCUUUUAGCACAUGUCACAGGAGAUAUGGACAAGGCUUUUGAUUAUGAAGGCUGGUCAGAUAUGCUUUUUAUAAGUCAGUUUAUUCUCUCUUGUAUAAUGGGGUUCAUUUUAAUGUACUCUACUGUACUUUGCACUCAGUAUAACUCUGCGCUAACUACUACCAUUGUCGGCUGCCUAAAGAAUAUAUUAGUGACAUAUAUUGGAAUGGUGUUUGGUGGGGAUUACAUUUUCUCAUGGACUAACUUCAUUGGUCUGAACAUCAGUAUUGCUGGCAGUCUGGUGUAUUCCUACAUUACCUUCACAGAAGAGCAGACCACCAAACAGAGCGAGAGUGCAAACAAACUAGAGGUCAAAGGGAAAGUGGCUGUAUGACCAAUGUUUGGACGCUCGUUUAUGAUGCUCAAAGCUGUGUCUGUGAGUUUUUGUAUAUUACUUUUUGUGAUAUGAAGAAGAUAUUGAUUGUAAAAGCUACAGCAGGUACAGGCAGGACAUUGUCUCAAAUGAAAGAGCUUCAAACACGCUGGAAUGUUUUGUUCCAGAGUAAAUAUUUGCCUGUUCAUUUUCACUUCUGUGAAGAAGUGGUGUCCGUUGCAAUUUAAUGGAAUGAACUGUUUUCUCUGGCCUGUUCGACACUUACCGUAGAAUGGGAAUGAUGACUGUCAUUAUUGUUGAACACCUGUUGUAUUGCCUAUUGAAGAGUACUUUUAAAGAUGUGUUUUAGUCAGCCAGGCUAUUUAUUUUUAUGAAAGAUUGUUUUAUUGUUAGGAUUGUAAAUUGGGUUUUAUUGUUGUGUAAAAUGUUAUUAUCCUAGCUAUGAAAAGGGAGUUAUUUGAAACAUUGUUUAAAUAGUUAUUUAACAGUUCUGGUACCCUCUUGAGUUUUAUAGGAAUGUUCCUUUUAAAUCCUGAAUGAUAUAUGGAUAGUGGGUGUUUGAGUGUAUAAAAUAAGGUUCAUGUGUGCAACUUGAGUAGAUAUUCGAUUUGAGUCUCUUGAUAAGCUUUAAAGAAGAAAAAUAUUUUGUCAAGCGUUGUCAGUGUGACAGUGUUCAACUGGACAAAUUCUUAUUACUGCUUUUGUAUUUUUUGUAUUUGGGAAUGGGAUGCAGUAACUCCAUUUGCUUGGUACUGAUGGAAUCAUGGUUAUUUAUAAAAGCAAAUGGUAGAGUAAUUGCACUUUAACAAUUUACAGCUUUUCUCAGUUGUCAGUGAUUUAAAAUGGGUAUUAGUUUUUGCAAGUACAUUGUAGUACAAUGUUACAAAAACCUUUCAGUAAUUUUAUCUGUCUUUGUUAAACGUUGCUACCUUUGGGAUGAAUCAGAAAGAGAAAUAAUAAUUUCUCAUACAUUUACUUACGUUUACUUAUGUUUUGACCAUCUGAUAACAUCACAGGUUUCUCAGUAUUUUUUUUUUUUUUUGUGCUAUACAUGUUAUACAUCUGGAUAAACUGAUGUAUUCUGCGGUUAUUGAAUGAAUGUUUAUUUUCAUUUAUGUAUCCACUUUUUUGAGUACCUUGUUUGUCCAUUGCUUUGAGAUUCAAACUUUUAUGGAUAAAGUGCAUUUUUGCGCUGUAUUUUUAUCCACUGACGUCUUCAAAGACAUUGUUGCUGCAGAUAUAUUUUGUUCAACUUGUACUUAAAAUUGCUAUUUUUUUUUCAUGUUUUUAUACAGUUCAAGAUUUGUCAAAUUCAUGUCUGCAAAUUCUCAGUGAUUGUAUCAGUGAGAACAAGAAGUGUAUAACAUUUAAAUAAAACCAACUCAAAGAA